UUUUUUUGGCAACGUGAAAAGGGAUAUGUGAUCAAGUGUUAGGCUCAUAAUGCAAGAAAGAAAAAGAGUGAUUGUGUAUUAAGCCAGGUUAUACCUGGUUAUCCUCGUGUAAAGCCGUGUGCAUACAAUAGCAGCCCUGAGGGAUAAAAACACCCAGACAGCACCAGGAAAAUAAUUAUCAUUUUCGGAGAAAUUAUGUCCAAUUUUGCUUUCAAAAUUACUCACCAAGUUGUAGAGUUAUAAAAUUUAAUUGUAGCACGUAAACCACAAGUCAAAGUCAGCAUCCCUUUGACAAAAUGAAAACCCUCCCGCGUUUGCCAUUUUAGACUUGAAGUUGCCAUUUUCUUUGAUGCUUCCUCUCCCUUCUUUCUUUCCUUCUCCGCUAAUUUUUAUAUAAAAACUUAACUUCUCCAUUCAUCCUACCUCAAUAUUCUCUCUUAUUUUCUUCCCUCCUUUGAUGGCUACACCUCAAGAAAAUGCUUUCUUGAUGCAGGCUGGCGAGCUCGAGUCAGAGGAACAAGGAUGUGGUUGCUUUCGAAGUUUUGGGGUGUUUACGAGCCAUAAUCAUACAACAAACAGCGGUGAUCGACUGAAUCUUCUGCCCGAAAGGCGGGAAGAGAGGGAGUCAUGGGUGAUGAGACAGGUAAAGAAGUUAAGAGAGGUGUCAGAGUUGGUUGCUGGACCCAAGUGGAAGAAUUUCCUUAGGAAAAUUGGUGGCUACUUUAAUAAUAAGAAGAGGAAUGAUUUUCAAUACAACUCUUUCGAUUAUACUCUUAAUUUCGAUAAUGGCAAUUACGACGAUGAUAAAGAUGGUAACCUUGGUUUCUCGUCUAGGUUUGCUCCCCCGGUUGUUCUUCAUGACAAGCCUAGAUCAUCUACUUAAUUGAUGUUUUGUUGACUUCUGUGAAUGAUGUAUAUGCUCAAAAUUAAUUAAUUUGAUUUGGGGAUUCAGGAAUUUGCCUA